AGAUCGCCUGGGCUGUGACCCUCGAACACGUUUCCAGGUUCCACCAAACACCAAGCAGUGGAUUGCUUUACUACAGCGAGGAAACUGUACAUUUAGAGAGAAAAUACUGCGAGCAGCUUCACAUAAUGCCACAGCUGUGGUCAUUUACAACAAUAUAUCCAGUGAAGAACCUGUCACAAUGACUCAUCAAGGAACUGGAGACAUUGUUGCUGUCAUGAUUACAGAAUCAAAAGUUAAGGAGAUCCUGAAUUACUUGGAAAAGAAUAUCUCUGUCCUGAUGGCAAUAGCAGUGGGAUCCCGUGUUCCUCCAAAAAACUUCAGUCGGGGCUCUCUAGUCUUUGUGUCAAUAUCAUUCAUAGUUUUGAUGAUAAUUUCUUCAGCAUGGUUAAUAUUUUACUUCAUCCAGAAGAUCAGGUACACAAGUGCACGUGACAGGAAUCAGCGUCGUCUUGGAGAUGCUGCCAAGAAAGCCAUCGGUAAAUUGACAACCAGGACAGUAAAGAAGGGUGAUAAGGAAACAGACCCAGACUUUGAUCAUUGUGCUGUCUGCAUUGAGAGUUACAAACAGAACGAUGUUGUUCGCAUUUUACCAUGCAAGCAUGUUUUCCACAAAGCCUGUGUGGAUCCGUGGCUUAGUGAGCACUGUACGUGCCCAAUGUGUAAACUGAACAUUUUGAAGGCACUGGGAAUUGUGCCAAAUGUGCCAUGUACAGAUAACGUAGCCUUUGACAUGGAAAGGCUGACCAGAGGCCAACCAGCUAGCAGGCGGUCGGCCCUCGGCGACUUUGCCAACGACAGCUCUCUCAGCCUGGAGCCCCUGCGCACCUCCGGGCUGUCGCAGCUCCCACAGGACGGAGAGCUGACGCCGCGCUCGGGAGAGAUCAACAUCGCCGUGACAAAAGAAUGGUUUAUUAUUGCCAGUUUUGGCCUCCUCAGUGCCCUUACACUCUGCUACAUGAUCAUCAAAGCCACAGCUAGCUUGAAUGCUAAUGAAGCAGAAUGGUAUUGAAGAAACGCUUUCCGGCCGAUUGCCUUGGAGAGAGACACCUAUUUUUAUGCAUCAUUUAUCGAUCAUGCAGCACAAGCAAUUAUUUAGUACAUUCUAUUUUUUCAUAAAAUUUGCUGAUGCCAAAGCUUUGUAUUAAGGAAAAUGUGAGGAAAUAAAAAAACAACAACUUUAAUUAUGA